AUGUUCGGUUUGAAGUUAUUUCCUGAAAUAGCAGUAAAAUCGCAUCUGGGGGCGACGGCUGUCAGGGUAGGAAAAAGGAGGCGCGAUCAGUUUGUGGGUUUUGGUGCCGGCGGCUCCUGCCCUCCUGCCGCCUCGGAGCUCGACGACCGCGGAGCGACCCGCUUCGCCCUCCUGCCCCGAACACCCCUGUCUCCCUCGAGCAGGGUGCCGCCGGCCGGCUCUGCUUCCGGGGACCAGAAGGACACGCCAAGUCGGGAGCCGGGAGUGGAAGGGUUGACGUACCUGCUCACUGAGAGCGCCAAGCUCAUGAUUUCUGAGACAGAUUUCCAGGAUUCUGUUCAUGUGCUGGGAUUCUCAGACGAAUUGAACAAAUUACUGCUCCAGCUUUACCUUGAUAACAGGAAAGAGAUCAGAAGCAUUCUUAGUGAGCUGGCACCAAAGCUUCCCAGUUACCACAAUCUUGAAUGGAGACUAGAUGUGCAGCUUGCAAGCAGAAGUUUGAGACAACAGAUUAAGCCUGCUGUGACUCUAAAGCUGCACCUGAAUCAGAACGGAGAUCAAACUGCCCAAGUGCUGCAAACCGACCCUUCUACGCUGCUUCACCUAAUUCAGCAACUGGAACGAGCCUUGGGGGAAAUGAAGACAAACCAUUGUAGGCGAAUAGUGCGCAACAUGAAGUAGUGUUAAUUCGUGACUGUUGUCUUAUGAGGUAGUUCAUGAAAUGACCAGGAACAACGUUCACCAAUACAUUUUGAGGAAAAAUAAACAUCUGGAUCAGAUGAAAUGCUUUCCGCUGCCAGGAUCUUGAGCCAGUAAUUUCAGGCUGAAUGUCCUCUCGUGCUAACUUUUACACAGCUGCCUGAUAUGAGAUAGGUAAUUGGUUUUGCUUAACCUGCAUAUAUUGAAAUUCAGCAUGCUGCAUUUAGCAUCUUUAGCUCUAAAUUAGUAUAAAUGUUCUUAAAGAACUUUUAUACGUUAAGUAGGGCUGCCUCAAUAGUAUACGAAGAUGCACGUUUACUGUUAUGUUUAUCAAGCAGGUUUUUUUUCUUGGUUUUGCUUCUAUUUUGAAAUAAAAAUACACGUACUGGAUGGAAACAAUA